GCCCGGACCUUGAAAUUGAAUUCCAUUCCCAGCACCAUACCGUGUCGCGCGCACCAUCCGCUGCUAAUGGUGUUCUGUUGUUCUCAAGAAUCUAUUGUAGAGAGUCAAAAUUCUCGAGAAUUCAUCGCAACAAUCAAAUUGAAGAGGUGAUCGUCUGCCCAACUUGUUGUUUCUGACCUAAUUUUUGGGGAUCCAAGUGCUGGAAGGAUAAUUGGUUUCGACCUUCUUCGACUAUUGGAAGAGAGAUUGGGGAAUUUUCCUCAAUUGGGAAUUGAGGUUUUUUCCUGACUACAAAUACACUCUUUUAUCUCUCUACUACUAAUUUAAUUUCUCUCCAAUUUGAAAUCGUUGUGCUGUGAAUUCCUGCUAAGGAAGAUUCGUAGUUGGAUUCGAGGAAGGAGGAGAUUUUGAUCAUUAUGAAGUGUUUUAGCGUUUCGUGUGAUUCAUUUUUGAUGUAUUAGCGUGUAGUGGAAGAAUUCAGGAGUUAAGAACAAUUAGGUCUGCAGAUGAACAACCAAAAUCACUACCCUCCUCCUCCUCCUCCUCCUCCAUACCCUUACAAUCCCGGCUAUGGCUACCCUCAUGGUCCAGCACCUCCGAGUCAAUACCCUAAUCCAGGUUAUGGUCCGCCGCCUCCUAGUUAUCCCUCUUGUCCAGAGCCAUAUCCCUACCCACAGCAGCCCCAUUAUCCACCCCCUUAUUCCCAAUCACCUUCUGGUCAUCUGAAUUAUGCAUAUCCAAAUCCUUCAGCACCCUUUGCACCUCCUCCUGCACCCCACUACGCAUCAGGCUAUGGUUCCGACCCAUACCAACAUCAUUUGUACCCUACUGUUCCAGCUCCUCCGCCAUCGGCUCCUCCUCCAUCAUUGGAUCCUCCUCACCCCAUUCAUCAUAACCUUCAGCAUCAACCAUCUGGAAGAUUGCAGCCUCCUCAUAUUCAAACUGAAAGUCCUCCAAAACCAAAUGAUCAUUCCAACUAUCCCCAUUACCAAGGUGGUUCAUUCUAUGUGGAUGAUCCACUAGUGAACUCUAAUAGAUUGGAUGAUAGUUCCCCCAGUUAUCCCUCUCUAUACCCAAGAAUAGAUGAUCAGUUAGAAAGUAUGCAUUUGUCUGAUGCUCACCAUAAGCCAUCAGCACCAGCGUCGCCGCCAGGUCCGUCUUCUGCAUUAAUUGAUCCCACUAUGAAAUUUCACUCUGGACCUUUGCCAAGGACUGAUAAACUUGAUAUGGUGUCUUCGUAUGGGUCUCACAGUAGCUCCUUUUCGAGGUUGGAGCAAUCUCAGCUGGGCAAGGCAGAUUCAUUCUCAAGUACCAAUGUUUCAUAUGGGUUAGGCAUGCAGCUUGUGCCAGCUUCACCUUCUAAAUCAUCGCUGAAGGUCUUGCUCUUACAUGGGAACCUGGAUAUAUGGGUAUAUGAAGCGAAAAACCUCCCAAACAUGGAUAUGUUUCACAAAACCUUAGGGGAUAUGUUCAACAGAUUACCUGGUAACAUGAGCAGCAAAAUUGAAGGGCAAAUGAAAAAUAAGAUUACAAGUGAUCCGUAUGUAUCCAUAACUGUAACAGGUGCUGCUAUUGCGAGGACUUAUGUGAUAAGCAAUAGUGAAGAUCCUGUUUGGAAUCAAAAUUUUGUAGUUCCGGUGGCUCAUCAUGCUGCAGAAGUGAACUUUGUUGUGAAGGAUAGCGAUGUUGUAGGGUCACAAUUGAUAGGCACAGUGUCAAUUCCAGUUGAGCAUAUCUAUGGAGGAGAAAAAAUCCAGGGAUUUUUUCCAAUUCUUAAUGCUAGCGGAAAGCCCUGUAAACCCGGGGCUGUUCUGCGCCUAGAAAUACAGUAUUAUCCAAUGGAGCAAUUGAGCAUUUACCAUAAUGGAGUUGGAGCUGGUCCAAAUUAUGUGGGAGCUCCUGGGACAUACUUUCCUCUUAGGAGAGGUGGGACAGUUACCCUCUAUCAAGACGCUCAUGUACCUGAUGGUAGCCUCCCGAUUUUGAAGCUUGAUAAUGGGAUGCAUUAUGUCCAUGGGAAAUGUUGGCAUGACAUUUUUGAUGCCAUACGGAAUGCACGCCGCCUGGUUUACAUUACUGGAUGGUCAGUAUGGCACAAAGUUAGACUUAUUAGGGAUGGGGAGUCAGUAUCGAACUACACUUUGGGUGAGCUUCUGAAGUCAAAAUCUCAGGAAGGUGUAAGAGUGUUGCUGCUUGUGUGGGAUGAUCCAACAUCCAGAAACAUACUUGGCUACAAAACAGAUGGAGUCAUGCAAACUCAUGAUGAAGAAACUCGUCGUUUUUUUAAACACUCUUCUGUUCAAGUACUGCUAUGUCCUCGAGCAGCAGGAAAAAAACACAGCUGGGUUAAGCAGAGGGAAGUUGAAGUCAUUUAUACUCACCAUCAGAAAACUGUGAUAGUGGAUGCUGAUGCUGGGAAUAACAGAAGAAGAAUAAUUGCUUUCGUGGGAGGACUGGACUUGUGUGAUGGCAGAUAUGAUACUCCUCAGCAUCAUAUUUUUAGAACACUGCAAACACUGCAUUCAGAUGACUACCAUAACCCAACUUUUGCUGGGAACGUUGAUGGCUGUCCAAGAGAACCAUGGCAUGACUUGCACAGUAAAAUUGAUGGCCCAGCAGCAUAUGAUGUUCUGAAAAAUUUUGAGGAGCGAUGGCAGAAAGCUUCAAAGCGCCAUGGAAUUAAAAAACUAAAGAUGUCAGAUGACGAUGCCUUGCUUCGAUUAGACAGGAUGCCUGAAAUAUUAGAGAUAUCUGAUGCUCCUUGUUUACAUGAAGACCAUCCUGAGGCUUGGCAUGUUCAGGUGUUUCGAUCCAUCGAUUCAAAUUCUGUCAAAGGUUUUCCAAAGGAUCCUAAGGAUGGUCCAGCACGUAACCUCGUGUGUGGGAAGAAUGUUCUUAUUGAUAUGAGCAUACAUACAGCAUAUGUGAAAGCCAUUCGAGCUGCCCAACAUUUCAUUUAUAUUGAAAAUCAGUACUUUAUUGGGUCCUCAUACAAUUGGAGUCAACACAAGGGUGUUGGUGCUGAUAACUUGAUCCCAAUGGAAAUUGCACUAAAAAUAGCUGAAAAAAUUAGAGCACGGGAGAGGUUUGCCGCUUAUAUCGUCAUCCCUAUGUGGCCAGAAGGCAAUCCAACAGGAGCUCCUACACAAAGGAUUUUAUUCUGGCAGAAUAAAACAAUGCAAAUGAUGUACGAAACCAUAUACAAAGCCUUAGUGGAGGUUGAGCUUGAGACUACUCACUCACCGCAAGAUUAUUUGAACUUUUUCUGCCUUGGAAAUCGUGAAGCCGUUGAUGCAGGCACCUCGGUUGAGAGUCCGCCUGCUGCAAACACUCCUCAGGGAUUGUGCAGGAAAAGCCGCAGAUUUAUGAUUUAUGUUCAUUCUAAAGGUAUGAUUGUGGACGACGAGUAUGUGAUAAUAGGGUCUGCAAACAUUAAUCAACGGUCUAUGGAGGGUACUCGGGACACUGAAAUAGCAAUGGGAGCCUAUCAACCUCAUUACACAUGGGCAAGAAAAUUAUCAAGUCCACAAGGACAGAUAUAUGGAUAUAGAAUGUCCCUAUGGGCCGAACACCUCGGAUUCCUGGAGGACUGUUUUACUCAACCAGAGUCUCUCGAAUGCGUGCAACGUGUUAGGUCUUUGGGUGAGGCCAACUGGGAGCAAUUUGCAUCCCCCACAGUUUCUGAAAUGAGAGGACACCUCCUCAAGUACCCUGUUGAGGUUGACCAGAAGGGCAAAGUCAAGCCUCUUAAGGGAUGCGAAACAUUCCCUGAUGUCGGAGGGAACAUAGUCGGUUCCUUCAUCGCCAUACAGGAAAACCUUACCAUCUAACUUCUCAUAACCAUUGCUGCCAUGCUCGGUAUGUUUCUGCUUUAAUCUGAAGUGGCGAUUUUCUUUCUUUUUUUUUUUUUCUUCAUCUUUGUGUUAUUGAAUGUUUAUUACUUCAUUGAGGAAAGAUAUUCCAGUUUUGGUAUUGAUUACAUACAUUUGUGUGUGUAAUAUAAUAGGGAAAAUGAUGGCUUCACUCUCAAGAAUCCCUACUUCUUUGGUGUACAUUCCUUGACUUUGAGGUUUCUAUUUAAAUUUUCUGUCUGUGUAAUGUAAUCAUUGGGAAAUUAUCUUGGCUUUGCACUUAGACUUGAUUGAAUUUUAGUUAUGUAUGUAUGUAUGUAUGUAUGUAGAUACAUAUAAUUAGGACAAGUGCAUAAACUUUUUAGGGUCCAUUUGUUUGAGCACUAGAUUGUUUGAAGUUAUGGUUUUGGUCU